CGGUUAGCAACACUUAGAUUCUCUCUUGUGCAGGCAUUAAGUAUGUUCAAUUUCUAUGGCAGGGGACGUGUACAAUGGGAUGAAGCUAAUAUAGUGGAAAUUGAAUCCAACAAACCUGUAAGGCAGAAGAUUACCGAACCAAAGACACCGUAUCACCCUAUGAUUGAUGAUGAUGGUUCUCUGUCUCCUAGAGGAAGAUCGUUUGACAACUGUGUUGAUGAAAUGCAUCGCGCUGAAGAGCUAAGGAAUUUUCUAAAUGAUGUGGCUUCGUCCAGUAAAAACACCAGCCAGAGAUCCGAUUCUGGAGGCUGGAGCUCGUCAGAGGAUGAUGACGCAGAUCCAAUGGAUGAAAAUGAAGAAGAUUCUGGGAGCGAGAAAAACGCAAGCUUCAAGGAACAUAGACGGGCACACUAUGACGAGUUUCGAAUGGUAAAGGAGAUGAGAACCUCUGGGUCUUUCUAUGGUGAAGAUGCAGAAGUGGAUGAUGGCACCAAAUCGGGUAAACCCAAGGCAGCAGUCUCACAAAAAGCUCCACGUGUUAAAGGCUUGGAUCAAGAAACAACUGAUGCUUCUGCGGAUGCUAUAUCUUCGGGAAAGUCAUCUAGUUGA